ACUCUUCCCGGCCUGUAUCGGCAUUCAUCAAGUCCAGACUUUUGCCCCUCCGCAUGCAGCCGCCGCGGUCAUUUCGACGGACGUGCUCCUCAUGAAGCAACGACUGCUUUAUUAUUCAGUCACGCCUCUGCCUUCUUGGUAUUCUCACUGACCUUCAAGGCCCGGACGGGGUCUGGCAGAACUGGUGCUAGACCAUGCUGUUAGCCCUCCAUUAAGAUGAACUCGCACGAUCUUCACAUGCACGAUGUCGCCCAUGACGGCUCUCAACCGCCCACAAUUCCUCUGCAUAAUCCUAUUCAUCCUUCGGUGGUCGAUCGACUCGAUCCUGCCUUUGUCAAAUUGUACGAUGCCUACAUCGCGAAUGGGCCUCCUAUGUCGACAGACCUCAACGUCGUUCGUCAUAACUAUUCGGCCCUGUAUUCGUAUGCGACGGCCCCAGCGACAGGCGUAGGUGGCAUCGGUGAGACUCAAGUGCCGGGUUGGGACAAAUAUCCAGGCGACAUCAGUGUAAGAGUCUAUGUACCACCAGGAGAAGAGCCAGGCCAGCGCAAAGUAUGGCCGGUACAUUUCAAUUUUCAUGGUGGAGGCUGGGCUGUGGGUGAUCUCGAGACCGACGCACACAUUUGCCAUCACAUAUGCGCCUCCGUCCCCUGCUGUGUAAUAGACGUCGAAUACCGCUUGAUCCCAGAGUAUCCCUUCCCGAUCGGAAUCAUGGACGGUCUCUCAGCCGUGGCGCAUAUCCUGACGAACCAUAAAACCUUUUGCAUCGAUGCGAACAACAUCACCUUCGGAGGAGAAUCAUCUGGCGCAACGAUUGCCCUUAUCCUGAAUCAUCUAUACAGGGAUGCCGGCUUUAGUGACAGACUGAAAGGUGUCAUCGUUGGAACACCCACCAUCAGCGACGUGCGCAAAUAUGCAACACCAGAAAUGAGCCCCUGGCCUAGUAUGCGAGAGGCCGAAUUUGCGCCACUCCUCAACUGGGAGAAGUUGAAGUGGUUUGACACUUUCAAGUGGAUAUCUCUGUCCAGCCUACACCCUGGCACCAAACCCAAAGAACAGAAGCGAGAUAUUUCCUGGUUCGCCGACGCCAUGAAUGCUCCAGACUUUACGAAGCUCGCGCCCUUGACUUACCUUGCGACCGCAGAGGUCGAUCCACUAAGAGAUGAGGCUGAAGCUUAUGCCAGAAAGGUCGAAGAAGCAGGUAAUAAGAUCGUCACGAGAAGAUUCAGAGGCGUUCCACAUCCGUUCAUGCACAUGGAUGGUGUCCUUCCUCAAGGACGAGAGUAUGUUCAGGAUGUCAUCUCACAUGUCCGGCAAUGCUUGUACCCGCCGCAGCAGCCGCCAACCACCACUCCGCCCGAAACCUGAGGCUUGAGAUGGAUUUCUGAGAAAGCAAUUUUCAAACCAUCGAAGAUGGGCGAACUUGUACCAAGGGCUGUGGUCAUGCAAGUACCAACCAUGUACGGUCGUGUUCUCGUCCUAUUCAAGGAGCAACCACCCACUCUUGUGAUCUUGGACUGGGCCUUGGAAGAAAGUCCGUGUCCGCCGAGUGU